AAUUAAAUCGAAUGUCUGACCGCCACUUGUACGGAUCGGAUCACAGCUAUCUCAGCUCAAAACCGUCAUGCUCGAGCUGUCGGCGACAAUCCUCGACAUCACAGAAGAAUGAGUGUAUGACGAAUCCCGGCUCAAUCGUGCUCACACAAAGAUGGACGGUCUGUAAUUUCGAGAGCCUGCUCAAGCUCAGUAGACCCGGAAGUUGCCUGAGAAGCACAGUUUUUAAAGACGACGCGGUGCCAGAUGCUUGCUGGCAAUUAUGCCUCUACCCAGGAGGAAAACGAGAGGAAAACGCCAACAACGUCUCGCUAUUCCUGAAAAUGUCUGCAACAUCGCCAUCGAAAGAGGUCGUUUUGAAAGCAGAAUACAGAUUCUAUUUCCUCGAUGACAAUGAUGAGCCAAAGUUCAGUAAUGUUAAUGUUGGAGAAUUCCACGCAAAACCGCCAAAAGGAGGUCAUUCUUGGGGUCUUCGGAAUAUCCCAACUCAAAAAGUGCAGAAUAGUAUCCGUCAGGACAAAUCGCUGGUGAUCUCGUGUCAUAUUGAGCUGAUUCCUGAUGCUUCAAAGGUUCCGUGCAAACGAGUUCCAAUUACACCGUCCAUAGAGAUGCCAUUCGCUCAGAUACCGAGAGCACAUGUGGAAAGUGAACUGGAAAUGCUUGCCAGCGGCGACGGAACAGACAUGACAAUCGUGGCGGGACCACUUGACGGAGAACGUGAACAGUUUCGUGUACACGCGUACAAGCUUCGCGCGCACUCUGACGUCUUCCAGAUGAUGCUCAGCCAUACGGAGAUGCGUGAGAAUCAGGAGAAACGAAUCGAGAUUUUGGAUUUCUCGCCGACAUCUGUCCGAGCGAUGGUUGAAUUCAUAUACGCUGGAGUCAUCAAAUCGGAUAUCGACGUUUAUCAGGCGGUCGAUGUGAUGCAAAUCGCCGAAAAAUAUCAGAUUUUGGCGCUGAAAAUGACCUGUGAGCAGCAUUUGUUGGACCGGCUCAAUGUGAAUAAUGUGCUCGAGUGUAUUACACAUGCGGAACGAUAUAAUACUGAUGUUUUGUAUGAUGCUUGCGUUGAUUUUGCAAUCCACAAUCGUCAACAUGUAAUGGCUCUGACGUCAUGGCGCAACUUCAUCAGCGAUGAGCCGGUUUUGGCGAGCAACUUGCUGGAAAAGAUGGUGAAAUCGAACGAUAACUCGUCACCGCCGGUCAAGAAACCUCGUGUUUAGCAGCUAAUUCUUUUUCAAAAUCCGCUCUUUUUCAUAGAUACUUUCUAGUCAUACUUCUCUCUCCUCUAAAUCCCCCAAUUCUGAACUCUUUCUCGAAAAAUUCGCUGUGAUUUUCUCACUCUCAUUCUCCGUCGUCGUCUCUCAUUCGUUUUAUCCACCUCUUAAACCAUUUUUUCAAUUUUGCAACCGCCUCAACAAUUUGUGUGUGUGUUUCGCCUUUUUUGCAUAUACCGCUUCAUCGGCGACAGUUCCCCCUCACAAAUCCCC